AACCUUCCUUCACUAUUCCACAAAAGCAGCAUUGAUUAGAGAGAGAUUUCUGAUACAAAAACAGAGAGUAAAAAAUCUUGUUUGUUUGCUUCUUCUUUGUCUGCCAUUUUCUGUUAUUUCUAUUAGUACAAUUUUGUGAUGACCAAGGAGAAAGAGAGGAAAAUGUUUGUUGGUAUUGUAUGGAAUUGUGCAGCUGAACUCAAAUUUAUCCUUACUGCUAUACUUUUUCUUUUUUCCCUUAUUACUAUUCUUCAAUUCAUGCCUAUUCGUUUUUCAACUACUUGUAUUUCUGUUCCAUCUUUCGAUUCUGUUUCAGUUUCAAUCUCAGCUAUUAACGCCUCCACCGCUCUUCCUCCGCCGCCGCCUGCACUGGAAAAUGGAGUUAUUAAGCGUGCUUUCAACCCAUUUGGUUCUGCUGCGUAUAAUUUUAUAUUGAUGUCUGCUUAUAGAGGUGGAAUUAAUACUUUUGCUGUGAUGGGUUUAGCUUCCAAGCCUCUUCAUGUUUAUGGAAAACCCAGUUAUUUGUGUCAAUGGAUCCCCAAUACUAAUAUGCACAAACCCAUUAAUGUUACGGGUACCAAAAUCCUUCCAGAUUGGGGAUAUGGCAGAGUGUAUACUGUGUUAGUUGUAAAUUGCACUUUCCCAAUCCCAGUGAGUGAUGGCGGAAAGUUACUGAUUCACGCUACUACUAAUGGCGGUGGUGAUAGUGAAUUCAAUAGCACCGACACUUUUUUGGCUUUAACAGAAUCAGAGAAAGAUUUCACAAACUUCAUUUCAACAUUCAAUAAACCACCAAAGUACGAUUUCCUCUACUGCGGUUCGUCUUUGUAUGGUAAUUUGAGUCCACAGAGAGUACGGGAAUGGCUUGCAUUUCACGUUAGGUUGUUCGGAGUGAAGUCUCAUUUUGUAAUUCAUGAUGCUGGAGGUGUACACGAAGGAGUAAUGGCGGUGUUGAAACCAUGGAUUGAGAAAGGAUAUGUUACACUAGAGGAUAUCAGAGAUCAGGAAAGGUUUGAUGGCUAUUAUCACAAUCAAUUUCUCAUUGUGAAUGAUUGUUUGCAUAAAUACAGAUUUCAAGCCAAAUGGAUGUUUUUCUUCGAUGUGGAUGAGUUCAUAUUUGUACCUAAGAAGAGUACUAUCAAGUCUGUGGUUGAUUCGUUAUCGGAUUAUACACAGUUCACCAUUGAACAAAUGCCAAUGUCCAACAAGCUCUGUUUAGAAGAAGACCGCGGAAAAUCCUACAGGAAAUGGGGAUUUGAGAAACUAGUAUACAAGGACGUGAAGAGAGGAAUAAGAAGGGACAGGAAAUACGCGGUGCAACCGCGCAAUGUGAUAGCAACGGGGGUGCACAUGUCACAAAACACGGUGGGCAAGACGACUCACAAGACGGAAGGAAGGAUCAAGUAUUUCCACUAUCAUGGGACCAUAGCCGAACACAGGGAGCCAUGUCGACAGCUAGUCAACGCCACAACGAUCACCGUUGACCAAAUCCCGUAUGAAGUGGACUCAACCAUGAGAGACAUUGCUGGAACUGUGAAGAGAUUCGAGCUCAAGAUGAUUGGAUCUACACUACAAAAAACUAGACAAUAGUGAAUGAAGUCCAUAUUUACUACUUCUUUUGAGCUUCUUUUUCUGUAUGAUAAAUUUUUAUGUUAUUUUAAGAUUACCAUUUUUUUAAUUAGGUAUAGAAACAACAGAGACAGCUGGUACAUGUUUUGGUAUAAUAUUAUAGGUUUACAUUGGUGUUUUGUA